UCGCGAUUGUUACAAACCGCGAGAGAGUGCGCUCGCAGAUUGGGCAAAUCGCGCUGGAGAUACUAUUUUUGGUGAUUAUUUAUAAUGAGAACGGUUGUUUAAGUGGAAAGUGAUUCAACUGGACUAGGUGUGUUGUGGAUAACAUAAGUUUUAAAAAUGAAUAAAAGUACGCGAAUAACGGACGCACAAAUUAUGGAUUCGAUGCUGAAAAAGCGCUACGAAUACGCAAGGAGCCAGAUAAAGGAUUACUCUCACAUAUUUAGACCCAAAACCCGCUGGGAGCUCAUCCGGCUGACGCUGCUCAUCGUGGGCAUCCAGUUUACGUACGCCGCCGAGACGGCCUUCGUGACGCCCAUCCUGCUCGGUAUUGGCCUUAGCCACACCUUCAUGACCAUGGUUUGGGCCGUCUCGCCCACGCUCGGGUUCUUUUGCGCUCCGCUGCUGGCUUCCGUGAGCGACCAAAUCCGGCUCGAGUGGGGCCGUCGGAGACCUGUUUUGCUGGCGCUGGGCGUUGGGUUGAUGCUGGGACUGCUGAUACUGCCCCAUGGAGCGCGAAUUGGGGUGUGGUUUGGGGAUGAUUCGGACGGUCAGGUGUCGGGGUUUCGGUGGGGAGUUUUGAUGACCGUGGUUGGGUUGAUCCUGGUGGAUUUUAACGUUGAGACGUGCAACGGGAUGACCAGGACGUACUUUAUGGACAUGUGCAUCAGAGAUGAUCACCCAAAAGUCCUAACGAUAGCCGUAAUGAUCGGAGGCUUUGGAGGGUUCGCCGGGUACAUGCUGGGUUCGAUCGACUGGUCGCGGACAAACAUUGGAAUCUUCUUGGGAUCGAACGAAGCCACCGUGUUUGCAUCGGUGGUGCUAAUCGUACUGAUCGGGUUGAUCACUACGUUAAGCAGCUUCCGGGAGAUUCCACUGCCGUUGAUGGAGAGUGAUGAAAUGUUGAGGCCAAUUUCGAGGGCGGCUAUCGAGGAGGAAAAGAAGCGACUGCUUUCGCUGAACAGUGUCAGCGGAUCGACAACGUUGCAGCCUGAGGCUGACGAUCGGAUUACGGUUUGUGCUAGUGAAGAUGACGAUACGCCGAUUAGUUUGAAGUUGUUCUUAGUUAAUUUGAUCAGGAUGCCACGGGCGUUGAGGAUUUUGUACCUGACGCAGUUCUUAUCCCACAUGGGGUACUUGAGCUAUUGCUUGUACUUUACGGACUUUGUAGGGCGGGAAGUUUUCGGUGGGAAUGUUUCGGCUUUGGAAGGUUCUGAAGAGUUUUAUCUUUACAAUGAAGGAGUUCGAUUUGGUUGCGUAGGCAUGGCAGUUUUCAUCCUGAGCAGCUCACUCUAUUCGAUGGUGAUUGAACGAUUAAUUGACAAGUUUGGAGCAAGACCAAUCUAUAUCGGAGGACUGAUUCUGAACAGUUUUGGAAUGGUAGUUAUGGCAAUUUUCAAAAUUAAAGCUACAGUAUUUGUAUGUUGUAUAACGAUGGGGAUUAAGUAUGCCACCAUGUAUUCUUUGCCAUUUCUUUUAAUUUCACACUAUCAUUUGAAUAAUUCGUUUGACAAAAAGGACAAAAUUCUGCCUCAAGUCGUGCAGAAACGAGGCUUUGGAGCGGAUAUCUCCACCCUCAGCAGCAUGCUGUUUCUAGCCCAGGUGAUUAUCUCGUUAUCAAUUGGGUCUAUCAUCGAUGCGUUUGGAACCACGACAAUUGUAGUCUAUUCUGCUGGAUUAUUUUCAUCACUGGCUGCCUUUGCAGCAACACAGGUGUGGUUUAUGGAUCUCUGAAAGUGUACAAGUAUAGCUUCUCUAUCUAUUCAGUAUUAUUUGACCAACA